AUGCCAGCCACAACUCGAUUUGAUGCGAUGCAGCUGCCAGAUGGUAAUCAAGCCAGAAUGGACUUCCUCGAAUCCUCUUUUUACAAAGGUCACGAUUCCGGACGGUGCUUACCAUCGCCCGUGGAGGUUCGAGCCUCAUCGGGCAGAAAUCGACCAACGCCUCAACCACCGCCUGUGAAAUUUGAACAUCUUGAUCUCAUUGUCAAAUAUGGUCCUCAUGUUACAGUUGCUGAAGCGCAAUGUCUCUGGAUGAUCAAAAGAGUUCUUCGAGAGCAAGUUCCUGUGCCUGAGGUUUAUGGUUGGCGGGUCGAUGGGCAAGAUGUUUUUAUAUACAUGGAGUUUUUACGAGGAACGACGUUGAAGGACCGAUGGGAUUUUCUGAGCGUCGGCGAUAGAACCACUCUUUGCAAUCACCUACACCAGAUAAUGGAAUCUCUCCGUCAUGUCGAGCAAGAUCCAAAAGAUCCAUUUAUUGGCUCCAUCAGUCGCCACCAUCUGUUAGACAUUGUGUUCGAAGGGCAGCCCCAAGGUGGUCCUUUCGCUACUAUCAAAGAAUUCAAUGACUGGUUUUCGGGGUUGCCGUGGCUUCGAUUUCCCAACCUAGAAAGUUUUCAAGAUUCUUGGAGAGCUUCAUUACCAGAUACUGGGACUAUAAAAUUCACUCAUGGGGAUCUUCAUCAAGCAAACAUUUUGAUCUCUUCGACGGGGACGCCUCGUGUGCUCGCAGUCGUUGACUGGGCCCAUGGCGGAUGGUAUCCCGAUUAUUGGGAAUACUGCAAAGCAGCCUAUACUUCCGCUUACGAUGGAGAAUGGCGUAAUAAAUGGGUCCCACUGUUUUUGAAUCCAAUGUCUGAGGUGCACGAGAUCUUUGCGGAAUAUAUAAAUGCAAUGGGAGCUAUUUGA